AUGGAGUCAAUUCGAUGGCUUUUAGCAGUUGCUGGAGUUGAGGUAAGCAGGCUGAACAAAUAAAACCCAACAUUUUUACUGUAGGUUGUUUACAGGACUUGCUUUUUCAAGUAGUCAAUUAAAGUACCCUGAGUGAAAUAGUGGGUAGACAAACAGGUGAUGCACACAGAUGGAUCACUGAACUGGAUGUUCCGUCAUAAUUAAAAUAUAUGUUUUAUGUCCAGUUUGAGGAAGUGGCUAUAUCAAAGCGCCAGGAAUAUGUAAAACUGUUGAGUGGUAGGUUUGGUCACAAUGGUAAUACAACUCAGAUAACAUGCUCAUUGUUUUGAAGGGUGUUUAAUUGUUUUACCUUUCUUUUUCUUUAAUUUUUUAGAUGGAGCACUCAGGUUCCGUUGGUGGAAAUGGAUGGAAUGAAGCUGGUUCAAACCCAAGGCUAUCCUGAACUACAUAGCAGGGAAAUACAAUCUUUAUGGGAAAGACUUAAAAGAACGAGUCAUGUAUGUAUGACAUUUAUGAUUGAAAUCGAACUUUUAUUUACUUGUUUGGCUGUAUUGCAGAGACCUAAGAAGUGAAGCUGUUUGUACAAAAAAGGGGGGAAAUCUGCUAUGGUUUCAAAGGGUUUGGUUUUCAUUUACCUUUAGGACUGACAUGUAUGCUGAGAGACUUGAUGGAAAUGAUCAUGGUGUUGGCCUUCUUGCCGCCUGACGCCAAGAAAACUAAACUGGAGGAGAUAGAGAGGAAAGCAACAAGCCGCUACCUCCCUGUGUUCGAGAAGGUACUGAAUGAUCUGGGCCUUGGCCAGAUGGGAAGAGUAGAGCUCACUAAGGGGAGAAAGGAAAAAAAAAAAGAACAAAUCUAAGCCGUUAUAUUAGCAUAAUAAUUGCGAGAUACCAUGUUUGCUAAGGGAACAGAAAAGGUUGGCACGUCUGUACAAGUUGAUGUAUUGCAUAAUGAGGGUGUGCUUGUGAUUUUAUAACAGGCGCUCCCUAGCUCCCAGUACCUGGUGGGUAAUCAAUUGAGCUGUGCGGAUGUCCAGCUACUUGAAACCACCUUGAUGUUGGAGGAGAAAUUUCCAACAAUUCUCUCCAAAUUCCCUGUUGUUAAGGUAAAGUUGAUUACAAAUGUAUUUUGUUGUUGACAAAAUAAUCACGAGUCAAAUCAUCUUGUUACAUUUGAGUGCAUCUCAUCAAAACAUGUUAGAGGUUGACAUAACUCCAGCAGCAUAUGAAUAUCACAUACCAGCUGCACAGCACAUUUUUCAGUCAGAUAUCAGUAUACAAUAUGACUGGCCAUACCAGUUCAAAUGUACUGCUACCACACCCUGGUGGAUCCCAAUAAUCUCUCCUCUCUCAUGACGUGUGCACUCUUUCAGUACUUACCACAAAUCUCAAAGCAUUGGAUUGGUGGAGGCAUAUUUCUUUUACCAGUCAUUUCCUUUCAAAUCAGUGAAGGGAAGCAAACAAGUGCACACUUGGGGAGGAAGGAGAGAUGAUUAGGACAUUGUCUGCAGCAGAUUUAAAAGAAAGGUAAAAAGAUCCAUGGAUGCUUCAGUUGAUUCAUUCUUGAUUGGGUGAGAAUGGUUUUCUUUUCAGGAUUUUCAAGGGAGGAUGA